UGUGGGACAAUAACAACACGACUACUGCCAAGAGGGAGCCAGCAGGAGGACUAAGUCAUUUGCCGGUGGUGAAAGAAUGUUUUAGGGACUCCAGAGAGGUCAAACCUUGGCAAUUUUCAGGUGUUGGAGAGGCGACUUGCUGAAGUUGGAGAAGACUUUUGGAAGACUGGAUCAGUUGACGAUGAAUGUGCAGUCCUACAUUUUUCAUCUAAUCAUCCUGACAGCUGCCACCUGGGCUUCUGAAGAUGAAACUCGACUUGUCAAAACCCUAUUCACCGGUUACAACAAGGUGGUCAGGCCCGUCAGUCACUUCAAGGACCCUGUGGUUGUCACUGUCGGCCUGCAGCUGAUCCAGCUCAUCAGCGUGGAUGAAGUCAACCAGAUUGUCAGCAGCAACGUGCGACUCAAACAGCAAUGGAAAGAUGUCAACUUGCAGUGGAACCCAGAGGAUUAUGGCGGCAUCAGAAAGAUCAGAAUUCCCUCCACUGACAUUUGGCGGCCGGAUCUGGUGCUCUACAACAACGCCGAUGGUGACUUUGCCAUUGUGCACGAGACCAAAGUGCUGCUGGAGUACACAGGGUUGAUCACGUGGAACCCUCCCGCCAUUUUCAAAAGCUACUGUGAGAUCAUUGUGCUUCAUUUUCCCUUUGACCUGCAGAAUUGCAGCAUGAAACUGGGUACCUGGACCUAUGACGGAAACUUGGUCGUCGUCAAUCCUGAUAGCGAUCGUCCCGACUUGAGUAACUUCAUGGAAAGCGGCGAGUGGGUGAUGAAAGACUUCCGCAGCUGGAAGCACUGGGUGUACUACGCCUGCUGCCCAGAAACUCCCUACCUAGACAUCACCUACCACUUCCUCAUGCUGCGUCUCCCCCUCUACUUCAUCGUCAAUGUCAUCAUCCCGUGCAUGCUCUUCUCCUUCCUGACCGGACUUGUCUUCUAUCUGCCUACAGAUUCUGGUGAGAAGAUGACUCUGAGCAUCUCCGUCCUACUAUCUCUAACUGUCUUCCUGCUGGUCAUCGUGGAGCUGAUCCCGUCCACCUCCAGCGCCGUGCCGCUCAUCGGGAAGUACAUGCUCUUCACCAUGGUCUUCGUCAUUGCCUCCAUCAUUAUCACCGUCAUCGUCAUCAAUACUCACCACCGCUCCCCGAGCACCCACACCAUGCCCGAAUGGGUGAGAAAGCUUUUCAUUGAAACCAUCCCAAACAUCAUGUUCUUCUCAACGAUGAAGCGUCCUGGAAAGGAAAAGCCGGUGAAGAACAUCUACGGGGGCGACUUUGACAUCUCAGACAUUUCAGGCAACCAGGCUUCUACCGUGCCCUACCAGUCACCGAUAACCAAAAACCCUGAUGUUCGCAGUGCCAUUGAAGGAGUCAAGUACAUUGCGGAGACCAUGAAAUCAGACGAAGAAUCCAAUAAUGCUGCUGAGGAGUGGAAAUUUGUGGCUAUGGUACUGGAUCACAUCCUGCUAUGCGUCUUCAUGGCUGUGUGUCUUAUUGGCACAUUGGGAGUGUUUGCUGGACGUCUCAUUGAGCUGAGCAUGCUCUAGAUUAGUCAUUUGCAAACUUUUUUUUAACACCUAAAAAUGAAAAAAAAAAAAGUAGAAUUUGCUGCCAUUGACGGCAAUAGAUGUCCAACAUAUUUUAACUGGGAGUGUUGACAGUAAUCAUUUUUACUGCUAUCAAAUUCUGAGUCUUUAUGCUCUUUGUGAAAUUUAACAAUGUGACAUGUUGAUUUCUUUAUUUGUUUUUACCCUUAUGGAUUGUGGCGAAUCCAUAUUUGCUCUUUUGGUGCUCUCAAAUGACUUUUUUAUGCUUUACAUAAUCAUUUCCGAUGCCUGUAUCAUAUGCAGUAUAAUGAUGGAGUAGUUUCAUAUUUUUGGUACUUUUUGAAACUGAUGUAAUGUAAUACAUGUUAAUGUAACUACUGUAAUACAUCCUGUGAGAAUUAUGAUGUUAGUUUUUUUGCAGUUUAUAUGUGUGACUUGAAUGUUAUAUAUUGUUUUAAAU